GGACUACACCACUGACAGUGGAUGGGAGUCAAAAGAGCCGCAGCAAGUCUCUUGAAGGGCUGCGAUCGCAGGAAGCUGUGAACCCAGUGAACCCGUCUGACGCAUCCAACGAGCCGUUGAUCAUGAGGCCCAAUCUUGAUGCUCGUUUGCAGGCCGCGGUGGCCGCUGUAGUGCCACAGCCAAAGGCUGUGGCCUUAGCGCCCCAGGGCAUCACCGAGAUCGCAUCCGCAAGAGCAGGAAGCCCUGGUCCACUGCUUUACGCGCGGCCCGGCUGCGUUGUGACACGGCCAGCGAGUCCCCCUAUAGGUCGACAUCCAUCGCAG